CUGACUGGCGCAUCACCGAUCAACAAAUAAACAACCAACCAACCAACCACCAACAUGCCUUCCCACACCACCACAACCGGCACAACCACCAACAUGCCUUCCCACACCAUCACAACCGGCACAACCCGGCCCAUCUACCAGCCCUUGCACCCGUCCGCCCGCCCGCUCCUCGACCCAGAAUACGUGGCCUUCCACGACGCGCACCUGCAAUACAUCCUGCCCGACGACCGCAAGCCAUGGGACGGGUCCGCGCGGGCGGGCCACGGCGGCGCGAUGCCGCCGACCGAAAGCCCACCAGUUCCCGUCGGCCGCGUCCUCGACAUACACAGCAUAGCAGGCCGGUACGACGUGCGCAUCUUCACGCCACCGCCCCUUCCAUCAGGCUCUGGAGGAGCGCCGUGGCCCGUGUUCCUGUGGUUCCAUGGCGGGGGCUGGUGCGUGGGCGACGUGUCGCACAACAACGACGCGUGCGCGCUGAUCUGCACGCGCGCGCGCUGCGUCGUCGUCGCCGUGGGCUACCGCCUAGCGCCGGAACAUGUAUUCCCGGCCGCCAUCGACGACGCCGCGCACGCGCUGCGCUGGGCGCGGCACGCGCACGGCCUGGCUGCGCAUCUCGGGUCUGGAGAGGCCCUCGACCCGUCGCGCGUCGCGGUCGGCGGCCUGUCGGCCGGCGGGCAGCUCGCCGCGUCGCUGGCGUUUGAGGAGGGCGGCGAAGACCUGGCGUUUGCGCUGCUGGUGGUGCCCGUGGUCGACAGCACGGCGACGGUGGGCACCACGUGGGCGCGCAACGCCGACGCGCCGUGGCUGACACCCAAGCGCAUGGCGUGGUACCGGGAUAUGUAUUUCCGAGGGAAAGACGAGGAAGACAGGCGGCACUGGCGCGCGUCGCCCAACUUUGCCCCCGCGGCGCUGCUCGCGCGCAGCCCGCGCACGUGGAUCGCUGUUGCCGAGCGGGACCUGCUCGCGCCCGAGGCGGAGGGGUAUGCGGAGCAGCUGGCGGCGGCCUGGGACGGCGAGGGCGUAAAGGACAGGGAGGUGGUCGUCAAGGUCUACCAGGGGUCGACGCACUCGAUUCUGGCGCUGAAUGGUGAGUUUUCUACCGCGGCCCUCUUUGCCUGGUUUUGUGGUGUGCCGUGUGAAAGCUGACUGGACGCGGUGUAGGCGUGCUCGAAAAGGGGCGGCAGCUGCUGAAUGACUUGGCGGACCAGGCAGCCCGGUGGUUCAAGGGCGAUGUAGAUGAGGGGAAGACGGAAGUGUUGUGAUGUCUUUGAGUGGUUCAGCAGAGAUGGGAUGGCAUGUGCUUAUGGUUCAGUGUAGAUGUCUAACUUGUAACCACGUUGCACGAGCCCCCUCUUAUUGAUUUGCACGUCCAAGUGAUAAAGAACCCGACUGGAAGCAUUCUACCGUGUGCAACCAAGUGCAACCAAGUGCAACCAAUUAGUAGAUACUGUAUCACGCGCAUUCACAGGGCAACGGAAAUGAAGCAUUUGAUGCAGGGAGGUAAGGCUUGAAUUGUC